AAUCAAAAAGGCAUUCCUCUAUUAAACUUUUAAAAGAAUCUACUCAAUACAAUCACUCCAAAUAGAAAACCUUAGCUUUGAAUCAAAGCUGGCAUUCCACCUCAAUAGUAUUCUAAUAUAUGGCUGAUUGGCACUUUCACAAAACGCCUAAAUUACCACAUGUUGGAAACUCUUCCUUUACAAUUACACCUUUUCCCAUCCCACUAGCAGGAAGCAUCAUCUCCCACACCUUUCAAUAAAAUAAAGUAUUAUUAAAAAAAAUAUAAAUAAAUAAAUAAAUGAAAACCAUCAGCAGCAGCACUCACAGUCCUCUCAAGUCCAUGGGCCUCAAAUUACCAACUAUAAAGAAGGGCCAUCCAUAUUCACAUCUCAAACCAACCACUAGAGUGCCAUGCCAUGUUUUUCCUAUUCCUCAAUUGUGUUCUCUUCUCUCUCACCCUCUUCCUAGUUUCUUCAUCAAUCUCAUCAUUCCCUCAGUCUGCCAUUUAUCUUCUCCAUUUCCGCAACAGCCUUCCAGAACCUUCUCAGCUUCUCUUGCCAUGGAAUCAAUCCACUUCAUCUUCUUCCUCCCAUUGCCAAUGGCCUGGAGUUUCAUGCUACUCCAAUAUCAAUUUACAUGUCAAGUCCUUAAACCUUUCAGGUUUCGGUAUUUCAGGAACCUUAAAUGACUCUGUUCCCAAUCUAUGCCGUCUUCCACAUCUCCUCUCCAUCGAUCUCAGUGGUAAUAAUUUCACCGGUAGCCUCUCUCUGAUGCUCGGAAAUUGUUCCCAACUGAACACCAUUCUCCUCAAUGAUAAUGCCAUUACAGGUCCAAUCCCACCAGAGAUUUUCCAUUCCAAUUCCAAGCAGCUUUUGAAGCUUGACUUGGGCUUUAAUUUCCUCUCUGGCACAGUUCCUCCUGAGGUAGGCCUCUGCACCAACCUUGAAUAUCUUGGACUGUAUGACAAUUUCUUGACUGGACAGAUUCCAAGUCAAUUAUUUUCUCUAGAAAAUUUGAGGUUUUUGUACUUGAGUACAAAUAAUUUCACUGGUGCUUUACCGGAUUUCUCAUCCUCAUGUUCUAUUUCUGAUCUCCGCAUUCAUGAGAACUCAUUAUCCAGUUAUUUACCUCCUUCACUGGGCAGUUGCCACAACCUCUCAGUGUUUUACGCGUCUUAUAACAGUAUUGAAGGAAUCAUUCUACCUGAGAUUUUUAAAGGUCUUUCACAACUUCAAUGUCUCUAUCUUGCUAACAACAAUCUCCAAGGAGAAAUUCCUGAAACACUAUGGGGUCUAGAGAAUUUACAGGAGAUUGAGCUUUCAAGAAACAAUCUCAAUGGAAGUAUAUCCGAAAAGAUUGGUCAAUCUCAUCUGCUAUCUAUUAUUGCUUUGUCUUAUAAUAAUUUGAUCGGUCAGAUUCCAAGCUCAAUUGGUAAUCUCAGGAAUCUAAAUACUCUGGGACUGUCCAACAAUAUGCUCAAUGGCUCAAUACCUCCCGAGCUCAGCAACUGCACUUCCCUUCUUGAAAUCGGGCUUCAAAACAACUUCAUUGAAGGAGCAAUUCCAUCUGAAAUUUGCUCUCUCCAGAGUCUUCAAAUCUUUUACGCGUUCGACAACCACAUCGAAGGCCAAAUUCCUCAACAGAUAGGGAAAAUGACCAGUCUUGUUGAGUUGGCUCUGUAUAACAAUAGCAUAACCGGUACAAUCCCAUAUGGAAUUACUAAUCUGACAAGCCUAACAUUCCUUUCUUUAGCUCAUAACGAUCUUACCGGAGAGGUACCAUCUGAGCUUGGAAAAAACAACAUGCCCGGUUUAGUUAAACUUGAUUUAACCGGGAAUCGAUUCUAUGGACCAAUUCCUUCCGGCUUAUGUGCUGGCAAUAGCCUUUCCUUUUUGAUCUUAGGAAACAAUCGGUUCAAUGGGACUUUUCCUGUCAACAUUGGAAAAUGUAAGUCUCUUAGGAGGGUGAUUCUGAGUAGCAAUCUUCUUCAAGGAAAUAUACCAGAAAAUUUGGAUAUGAACAUCGGAGUUUCUUACUUGGACAUUCGAGGAAACUUGUUCACUGGACAGAUACCCAAAGUUUUUGGUUUCUGGAGCAAUCUCUCAAUGAUUGAUUUUUCUGGAAAUAUGUUCUCCGGCUCUAUACCUCCGGAGCUUGGAAGGCUCCGGAAUCUUCAAACUUUAAAACUUUCUUCUAACAGACUGGUCGGAAGGAUUCCCUCUGAUCUGGGUCGUUGCACAGAAAUGACCAAAAUGGACCUCAGCAACAAUAGCCUUUCAGAGAGCAUUCCUUCAGAGAUCAUAACAAAUGUGAAAUUGCAGAGCCUCAUCCUUCAAGACAACAACCUUAGCGGACUCAUUCCCGAUUCUUUCUCUUCCAGCCAAAGUCUCUUCGAGUUGAACCUUGGAAACAACAUGCUGGAAGAUCCUAUCCCUUGUAGUCUGAGUAAACUUCAACAUUUUAACUUGGUUCUAAAUCUUAGCAAUAAUAGGUUCUCCGGUGAAAUCCCCAAAUGCCUCAGGUAUCUUGACAAGUUAGAAAUUCUUGAUCUCUCAAGCAACAGUUUCUCAGGUGCAAUACCACCAGAACUGAACAACAUGAUCUCCCUCUCCUUUGUGAACAUAUCAUUCAACAGGCUUUCAGGCAAAAUCCCAGAUUCUUGGGAGAAAUUAUUGAGUUCAUAUCCGGGAUCUUUUCUAGGAAACCCCGGACUCUGCUUGCUUGGCACUGAAUCUAAUUAUUGUAGCGAAACAAGAAAAUCCCAUUCAAGACUCUGGAUGCUGGUUGGUGUGACCAUAGGUGUGAUUCUCUCUGUGGCACUACUUUCCAUCGCAGCUUAUAUCUUAGUGAUCCGAGGCUGUCAAGAUCAAUUUGCCUCUCACCGUUCUCUUCUUUAUGACAGUCGAUCAAGAACUGAAGAUUUACCAGAGGAUUUAACAUUUGAUGAUAUCAUGCGUGCGACUGAAGGCUGGAGUGAUAAGUAUGUGAUCGGGAGAGGCAAGCACGGGACAGUUUACAGGACAGAAUCAGUAAAAUCCAGAAAGCAUUGGGCUAUCAAGAAAGUGGAAUUGUCUGAGACAAACUUUAGCAUUGAGAUGAUGACUCUGAGUUUGAUUAGGCACCGGAAUGUGGUGAGAAUGGCAGGGUAUUGCAUCAAAGAUGGAUAUGGGUUUAUUGUGACCGAGUACAUGCCAAGUGGGACUCUCUUCGAUGUGCUGCACAGCAGAAGCAAAACUCAUAUGGUUCUAGAUUGGGAAACGCGAUAUCGGAUUGCUAUUGGUAUUGCACAAGGCCUUUCUUACCUUCACCAUGAUUGUGUACCACAAAUCGUCCACAGAGACGUUAAAUCCGAUAACAUACUGUUGGAUUCUGAAAUGGAACCAAAGAUAGGGGAUUUUGGAACAGCCAAGUUGGUACGUGAUUCAGAUGGAAGCUCAACGAAGUCUGUUAUUGUCGGAACACUGGGAUACAUUGCACCAGAGAACGGAUACUCAACUCAGUUGACAGAGAAAUGCGAUGUGUACAGCUACGGAGUUAUUUUGCUAGAGCUUGUCUGCAGAAGAUUGCCUGUAGACCCGUGCUUUGAAGAAGGCUUAGAUAUUGUCUCCUGGGUAAGGAAGAAUUUACAGAAAAAAGAUGAGAGCUUUUGGUUCCUAGAUGAAGAAGUCGGUUUCUGGGAUGUGAAUGAGCAAUGGAAGGCAGUGAAACUGCUAGAUUUGGCACUUCAAUGUACUGAGCAGGUGGCUCAAAGUAGACCUUCCAUGAGAGAUGUUGUUGGAUCUCUCACAAAGUUGAAUGGUAAACAUGAAAGAUUUGUACAAAACAGAGAAAAUUAGCUUUCUAACAUUCAACGCAAAGCUUCCACAGUUUUCAUGUGCAAAGGAUGCUAGACACUACUUACAGGGCUACACGUACAGAUGUAUCUUGUUAUCUUGUAUUUCAUGAUACACUUCUUUUUGUUAACACCUGCUACGUAGUUGUUAGAAUCUUAGUAUUCACUGUUCAAUUCAUACAGUUUAAUACGAGUAUUCGAUUCAUAUAAAUACGAGUAUUCAAGCAAAAUGAUUUGAUUC